AUGAGUCGCACCGCUGUCCUGUCACCGCGAGUCUCGGCGGAGGAAGAGAUUGAGCAACUUGAUGAUAUACCUACCAGCGGUAGCCUUGUAUCGCCGAGAGGCAGCGUCGCAGGUGGCUACUUUUCCUCCGUUCACAGCCACAGCAUUGGUACUCCAACGAGUGGCUCGCUGCCGGAAAUGGUGAGCCGAUCGAGCUCCUCUGGAAGUCUGGUUGGAAGCGUUCCCCAUGCUUUGCAGCGACGUACCAGCGCCAACGAUGACUUUGAUUACGCUGCUGCAAGUCCUAGCCGCGAUUACGAACCCUACGGCGCCAACGUGUCGGCGAGCGCCUCUAUGCAGAGCCAUUCAGGGACCGCCACGCCGGCGGCAGGCUUGUACAGCGCUUCUAUGAACGCGUCGCUCACCAACGCAGCGCUCCGGUACCGAAAGCCAUUUGCACAGCGCGUGCUCAAGGAGGGCGAAAAGGUCGAGAAACCCUGGUUGAACAGCAAGAAGCGCAAGGCGUCGGCUCGCAAGCUGUACUGGGUCUUUGUGCUUGCGUUGUCGGUCGGGAUCAUCGGUUCUGCACUGCUCAUGUACUUCGCCUACGCGUCGGUAGCCAAGGGGAAAUACUGCCUCGUUUUGGACGAGCAGUUCGAAGGCACCACGAUCAACAAGGACAUUUGGUUCCACGAAAUCGAGACCGGCGGUUUCGGAAACGGUCAGUUCGACUGGACCACCGACUCGACCAACAACUCCUUUGUCCAGGAUGGCAAGCUCUACAUCGUGCCCACGCUCACCGCAGAUGCUCUAGGAGAGGCCGCCAUCACCAACGGCUACACGCUCAACUUGACGGAAGCUGGCACGUGCACCGCCUCCAACAAGUCAGACGCCAACUGCGCCGUGGCGUCCAACAUCAGUACGGGAGUGAUCCUGCCUCCGAUCCAAUCUGCGCGUCUGAUGACCAACUUUUCGCGCACGAUCAAGUUCGGAAGAGUCGAGGUCAAGGCGCGCAUGCCCACAGGCGACUGGAUGUGGCCUGCCGUAUGGAUGAUGCCCAAGGACUCGGUGUACGGUCCCUGGCCUCGUUCUGGGGAGAUCGACAUCUUCGAAGGUCGCGGCAACAUGCCCAAAAGUCGUGACGACAAAGGCACCAACCAGAUGUCUUCGUCACUCCACUUUGGGCCGAACUCCCUGUUUGACGGGUACGGCUUCGCCACAAGGGUGCGCAACCUGUGGCGAAACUACUUCAACCAAAACUCGCACACGUUCGGGCUGGAAUGGACCGAAAACGAAAUGUGGACCUGGGAGCACUCGCCCAUCUUCCGCAACCUUGAGGUCUCGUACGGCGCUGGUUUCUGGAACCGUGGUCGAUUCCCCUACCAGAUGGCCAACGGAACGCUGCUUUCGAACCCAUGGUCGGACGUGAAAGGUCCACACGCCAACGCGGCACCGUUCGACCAAGAGUUCUACCUGAUCCUCAACGUGGCAGUGGGAGGCACCAACGGCUACUUCCAGGACGGCAUGGGCGAUAAAAAGCCCUGGUCCAACGACGCCAAUCACGCGGCCGCACAGUUCUGGGAGGCAAGAGAUUCGUGGUUGCCCACUUGGCCCCAGGACCCUAGGCAGCGCGGCAUGGAGAUCGAGUACGUCAAGAUGUGGCAGAAGUGUUGA